AUGGAAGUCUCCCGCCGACGCCAACUUCAUAGUUGUGACCCCUGCCGUAAAGGCAAGAGGGGCUGUGAUGCACCAAAAAAUCGACAAGAGAGCGGGUUCGACUCCUGCUCAAAUUGCAAGCGAUGGAAGAAAGAAUGUACGUUCAACUGGCUCUCCUCGAAGCGUGUGGACUCCAAGACAGAUCGGAGGAGAGUGAAACCUAGCGCUGCGGCUAUAUCUCAGAAUCGCGAUAUGUCCUCCAUUAUGAACUCGCAUAAUUCCCUGCUGGAUGAAGAACUGCGCUCUUCACAAUUGUUUCCUGCCGAGCACGGGGAUAUGUUCACUUCGAGUAGAUCGUCGGAUUUUGCGUCGGCGCCUUCUUCGAAGUCUGGGGAUGGGCUUAUUGAAGACCUUGAGGGAGAAGAGUCGAGUGAUGGCAAAUCUGAAUCAUUCUCUUGGGCCAUGGAGAUCCCAGAUAAUCGCCCUGCGACUCAAGGAUACGAGCCGGUCUCCAACGGGCUUGAGCCUCAAGCAGUCUUCCCCGACUCACUACUGGACCCUCUCGAGAACCAAUUCGAGGUGACCCAACGCUGGGAAGAUGAGCUGGAUCCUUCCUCCUUCGACCUCAUGGCCCCAGGGUGGAAUUACAACCGCCACAAAUAUUCACUAGCAACCGAAGACAAUCAAACAGAAGAGAAUCGAAGACAAAGUCCCGAAGCCCAAGGGUGGUUCUGUGUAGCUUCUGACAAUACAGCCACCCAAGUUGCUCGAUCAACCAUGACACGCAACCUCAUCCGCAUCUACCACGACAGCAUGGAAAACGCCUUGUCCUGCUGGCUGACAGAACACAACUGUCCCUACAGCAGUUCCGUCACGGAUGUGCUCCCGCUCAAGAACAGAUUGGAAUGGGGUCCUAGCUGGUCGAACAGGAUGUGUAUCCGUGUUUGUCGAUUAGAUCGUGCAGCCACCUCGAUACGUGGUCGCGCUCUAAGCGCGGAGGAGGACAAGACUGCUGCACGAGCGCUCCAUCUCGCGAUCGUAGCAUUUGCGUCACAAUGGACGCAGCAUGCGCAGAAGGGUACGGGUCUCUGUGUGCCAGCGCCAAUUGCGUAUGACGAGAGGUCAAUCCGAGAAAAGGUUUGGAAUGAAGCUCGCCAUGCGCUGGAACACUCAACAGGCGUCCCAUCUUUCCGUGUCGCCUUUGCCAACAUCAUCUUCUCCUUGACGCAGAGCCCGCUAGACGAUAGACAAGAUAGGGGUCUGGACCAGCUACUCGAGAGUGACCGGGCCCCGAUAUUCCUCGAGAACGCCAACCGCCAACUCUUCACAUUCCGACACAAGUUCACACGACUCAAGCGCGGAGCCGUUCCGGAUGGGAGAGAGCUUCGUCGAGGAUCAGUGGAAUCAGCCAUGACGGACGUCUUAGAUAUCUCAAAACCAUCCAAACCUUCUCAGGUUGAUCCGAUCCUCGCAAGCCACGAACACCGCAACACACUCAGUCUUAUGUUCUGGCUAGGCGUCAUGUUCGACACCCUCAGCGCAGCAAUGUACCAACGUCCACUAGUCGUCUCAGACGAAGACAGCCAAAUAGCCUCCGCCUCAUCUACACACCUCGACCCUUCAGACCAAGACCAAGGGCAAGUCGACCUGGACAGCUGGACGAUCCCACGAAUAAACAUCAACAAAACAGAAGACGUGUGGGGCGAGUUCUUCUUCCGCACCCCGAGUAAGCAUUACGAAUCAACCGAGAUCCGGCCCCGAUGGCCCUGCUCCUACGAAACAGCCGCUUCCGUCCUCUCAGAAGCAACUCCCGUCAAAGUCCUUCUCUACCGGCGCGUCACACAGCUCCAGAAUCUAAUAUAUCGUGGUGCAAGUCGUGUCCCUUUGGAAGAGGUUAUUCAGAAGACUCUCCGAGUCUACUGGCACUGGAAUUGCACGUAUCAGCGCUUCAUGCUUGACUGCGUCGCUAACCACGAGAUGCUACCACCGCGCAUUCAGUCGUGGUAUGUCAUUUUAGACGGACACUGGCAUCUGGCCGCUAUGCUCUUGGCAGAUGUGAUCGAAAGCAUCGAUAACGGGCGUCUCGGUUCUGAAGCCGAGCGCGCAGAGCGACAAGCUACAGAUCUCGUCUCAACGCUACGGAUAGACAACGCGUUAGCGGUUGGCGCGCUUGCGCGCUCAUCACUUCAUGGCCAGGAACCAAUCAUGCACCGGCAUUUCCAUGAUUCGCUGAAUGAAGUCGCUUUUCUCGUUGAGCCGUGGACGGUCGUUCUGAUCCAUUCGUUUGCGAAGGCGGGGUAUAUCUGCCUGGAGGGCAUUCAUGUUCCAGACGAAACUAAUAUUCUGUCGGAGUGUUUUAAGCAGAACUGCGAGUACUGUAUCUGUGCGCUUCAGUAUCUUGGGCGGAAGUCUGAUAUGGCCUUCUUGGUAGCGAGGAAUUUGUCGAGAUCUUUGAAUUUGAAGCUUAGUCGGAGGCCUUGA